CACAUUUCCUACUGUUAACAAUUUGUACUUUUAAACGUUUUUUACUUUUUUAAUCGCAUUUUACUUAGAGGGAAAGCAAGCUAUUAGAACAAUUGCAAAAUGGGAGGCGGUGAUUUGAAUAUGAAAAAGAGUUGGCACCCUCUUUUAAUGAGAAAUCAAGAGAGGGUGUGGAAAGAAGAACAGACUCACAAGGAAGAAUUAAAAAGGGUCGAGCAAUUACGAAGAGAAAUUGAAGAGGAACGACAGCUUUUGGAACUUCAGAGGUUACAAGAAGCAGCUGGAGGAAAAAAGAGGAAAGACCAUGUGGAAUGGAUGUAUGCAGUUCCUACAGCCGAAGGACCUAAACGAGACUCCUCGGAAAUGGAAGAAUUUUUGCUUGGUAAACGGCGGUUAGACGACCUUUUAAGUGACAAAGUGGAGGAUCAAAAGAAUUCCCUUAAUAAGACCGAAUUUAUUUCUUUGCAAAAUGCCAAUUCUGUUCAAGAUACCCAAGCCAAAGUCCGGUUGGACCCCCUUUUGGCUAUAAAGCAGCAGGAGCAAAAGCAAAUGCAACUACUAGCAGAAAAGAGGAAGAGGAAGCUAGAAGAAGAAGAAAGAAGGAAAAAAGAGUCGGAGCGUCGUAGUCGGCAUUUAAACUCACAAGAAAGAAGUUAUGAUAGACAUGGCCGCCAUAGUGAAUCUCGAAGACGCAGCUAUGCUAGAGAUGUUACGAGGAGAGACGAAUAUUCGCCAACAGCAUAUGGAGACCGACAUUAUCGCGAUAAAAGGUAUGUCGACGAUCGAGAUUAUGAAAAAAGACGGUUUUACCAAGACAAACGGAAAUACGAUAAUGAAAGAUACAGCCGAAGACAAUUUUCUUCAAGGUCACCUUCCCCUCAACGACGGAGUUUUCAUAGACCACGUGCUUUUGUUGAUGGAUCCUCAAAAGAAGAUGCCCGUGAGCGUCGAUUAAAAGAAAUGCAAGACAAUGCGCAAAAAUUAGAAAAGAAUAGGGUCGAAAAACUUCAUAAAUUAGAACAAGAGGAGUUAGUUGAAUCUGCCAAAAAUGAAGAGGAACGAUCUAAGACUGCUAGAAAAUGGAAUAACCAAGGAGAAUUUCUUCGAGAAAUGAAGAGAGAGGUAUAUUCUGGUGAUGCGGUAAACUUGGCUGACCGUGUAAGCAGUAUGCGGCAUACUGCUCUUAAACAAUAAAGCUUCUUUAAUGGAUGUUAUAUUAGAUGAAUGUUUUAUUAGAAAUAUGUGAAUUAAGAAGAAAGUUAUGGGAAGAUGAUAAGUUGCUGCAUAACUGGCAACCUAGUCAUUCUCAUUGAUAGAAGUAAAAAGACGUAACAUAUUUGUACCAAAAAAAUGAAUCGAAAUUAUCCGGACCUGUCUGGUUCUUGUUCCUGUAUGCUAUACGCUAUUGAUCGUUCAUCAUCGUUCUGAUUUUCGGCUUGCUUGAUUUCCUGGGAUCCUACGACGUAUGUAGUUGCAAUAUCAUCACAAGUUGGCACCGUCAGGUUAAACUCUUCGUUGAAUUUUCUAUAAAACAAUCAGUAACGUGUCCAAAAGUUAAUUGCAAUAGGGGAAUGCAUACCCGUG